AUGGCCUCCACCCCUCCCGCCGCUCUCCGCGACGUCCUCGUUCGCACCGUGAGAUACGUCGACCCCGUCGUCGUAGACGACCCUCGCAGACGCGAGCCCUCCAACGACGCCCUCCUCGUCCUCCUCCCCCUCCUCAUCGUCCUCUCCACCUUCCUCUUCCUCCUCCUGCUCUUCCUUCUGUGUGUCAUCCUCCUUCGCAGACGACGCGGCAUAGCCCUCCGCGAUACAGAUGGCCCCGUCGAUAUGAGCCGCGAGGACUCGAUCGAGGGCGAGGGCGGCUUUGACGGCGUCGAAUCUCGCUGGCUCGAGAGCGUAUCCGACGUCACUCGUCGGUCCUAUCUUCGUGCCAAGGAGUACCAGCUUCAAUAUCAGCCAAACUCCCUCCCCACAGACAUCACCCUCUCUCAGUUCCUCUCCAUCCAGGAAAAGGGCGUCUCCGCCUGGUCCUUCGAUCCCGACUACGAAAUGAUGGCCUCUUUGCUCGUCCACGCACGCACAGAGCUCACUUUCCUCCCCGACCCUUCCUCCGCUACCUCCGUCCAGUCAAAUCUCCCCUUGCCCAAACUCAACGAGGUAUACUACUGGGAGGUCAAGAUGUUUGAUCUCCCAGAGACAACCAACGUCGCUGUCGGGCUCGCAACAAAGCCCUAUCCUUCGUUCCGCCUCCCCGGCCACAACAGGUACUCUGUCGCCUAUCACUCCAACGGCGACAAGUCCCACAACUACCCUUUCACCGCCGCCACCUUCGGCCCCGCCCUCAAGGAAGGGGACGUCCUCGGAGUCGGCUAUCGCCCAAGAAGCGGCACCGUCUUCUACACCCGAAAUGGCCGCAAAAUGGAGGACGCCUUUGUCGGUUUGAACAACUGGAACCUCUUCCCCACCAUCGGCGCCGACGGCCCUUGCAGCCUUCACGUCAAUCUCGGACAAGCUGGCUUUGUCUUCAUCGAGGCCAACGUCAAGAAGUGGGGCUUGGCCCCCAGCGUAGGCACCCUCGCCCCUCCCCCGGCGUAUGGCAGCGAGCGUGGAAGCAUCCUGCUCGAGGCCGGCGGC